AUGUCUCACUUCGUUUCCAGUCACACUUCCCACGGUUUCGACUCGCUGCAGAAUCAGCUGUUGCGUAGACAGCCGAUGCAAGACGGGGUCGAUGCCGACGAUGACCAAUCUGCCGAUCGUGAUGCUACCGAAGACCUGGCCCAGUCGACCAGCUCCUUAGCCAGCCGACGUCGCCGCGAUAUCGACGAUUCCUCCCACCUUGGCGACGACAGUCGCAGUCAGCGAGUCCCAUCGCUCUACUCACGGCGAAACAGUCCAGAACUACCGACACCAGGUCCAUCUCGCUCUCGCAAUGCGUCUGGCACCGUCAACGCCGAACGGUCCGCGAGUGGCCAGAUCGAGUCCACCGACUACUUUUCCAAGCCUGCCAGCUCACCAAGACCGCGCUCAGCAGCUUACCACGUCGAUCUCGAAAGCGGUCACCUCAGUGGCACCCCUUUUGCCUCCUCCGCCGACAAACCUACCCAUACAAUGGUGUCCGGCUCCCAGCCAUCUCGCUCGCCUCAGAAGCAAACAGACGCGGAUGAACCCUACGGAUCGUCAUCCUCCAACCUUGCCGACAGCACCUCCACUAUACGUCCUCGUCGUCUUCAGAAAGGCGUGUCCUUCUCCGACAGGAAUGCCGGUCCUGGUGAAGCUGGUCAUCAUGCUCAGGAGGGCAAGCACUAUCGCCGCCCGCCACGCUCUAAUAGCGGCUUCUUGGACCCCGGUGCUUACUCCAACGGCGCACAAGGCGCUUCGGGGCACCUUCCUCGCACAAAAAGCCUCGGAAUGAUCAGUCCCGCCGAGAUGGCUCCUCGAAAGCUGGGCACUUGGGAUGGCGUCUUCAUGCCCGUCAGUCUCAACAUUCUUGGAAUCAUCCUCUUCUUGCGUUUCGGCUUCAUCCUUGGUCAGGCUGGUCUGUUGGGGGCGCUCUUCCUCCUCGUUCUCAGCUAUGCCAUCGAUACCCUCACCGCCAUGAGCCUCAAUGCUAUCAGCACCAAUGGUCAGGUCAGAGGCGGCGGCGCAUACUACCUCAUCUCGCGCUCACUCGGUCCAGAAUUCGGCGGCUCCAUCGGACUCAUCUUCUUUGCCGGUCAGGCGCUCAAUGCCGCCAUGAACGUUCUGGGUUUCGUCGAGACGCUCACAGACGCAUUUGGAGAAAGUAGAGGGCCUUCUGGCUUCCUUCCCGAGGGCCCCUGGUAUUCCUUCUUCUACGGCUCUAUCGUUCUCCUCGUCAGCGCGAUCGUAUGUCUCGUCGGAUCCAAGCUCUUUGCGAGGGCCACACUGGCGCUCGCCUUGAUCCUAUGCGUUGCCAUCAUCAGCAUUCCCAUCUCGUCCUUCACCGUCCAGCCUUUCAUCGAUGACGAUCGAGGCGCCUACUACACAGGAUGGGCGUGGGACACCUUCCGCGGUAACCUUUUUCCUCGUUUCACGUCUGGUGCUGCUGGAUCUUCGACUGGCACGGAGACCGAGAACUGGCAGAGCGUCUUUGGAGUCCUCUUCCCGGCCGUCACUGGUAUCCUUGCCGGUGCCUCGAUGUCAGGUGAUCUUCGAAAACCAAGCAAGAGCAUCCCAAAGGGCACCAACUACUCGCUUCUUUUCACCUUCCUCGUCUACCUGCUCAGCUUUGUCGUCUUUGCCGGCACCAUCGAACGCGAGUCCUUCUACCUCGACGUCGGCAUCGUCUCGGAUGUGGCUCUCAGCCCACAAGUCAUCACCUUUGGCGCACUCGCCUCAACCGCCUUUUCCGCUCUCAUGGGCGUCAUGGCCUGCGGCAAAGUGCUUCAAGCCAUCGCGCGCGACAACUUGCUCCCAGUGCUUGAUGUCUUUGCGCAAGGCACCGAGGUCAGUGACACACCCAUCUAUGCCGUGCUCGUCACCUACAUCUUCUGCCAGACCAUUCUCUUCGUCGACUCGGUCAACACCAUUGCCCAGCUGGUCACCAUGACCACCUUGCUCACCUUUGGCACUCUCAGCUUCGCAACGUGCGCUCUCAAAGCUGGUGGUGCUCCUAGCUUCCGUCCGUCCUUCAAAUAUUGGAAUAUAUGGACAGCUGCGGGAGGCGCUGUCAGCUGCUUUGGGGCCAUGUUCUUCACCGAUCCCGCAUCCGCUGGCGGUUGCAUCCUCUUCGCCGUCAUGCUCUUCUCGAUGAUCCAUUUCUUCUCGCCGCCAAAGCCAUGGGGUGAUGUCACCCGCAACAUCACCUAUCACUUUGUGCGCAAGUAUCUUUUGCGGCUCGACGAGCGCAAAGGUCACGUCAAAUACUGGCGACCUCAGAUCCUGCUGCUUGCCAACAACCCUCGAAGCGAGUGGAACCUCAUCAUCUUUUGCAACUCGCUCAAGAAAGGCGCGCUCUACGUGCUUGCUCACGUGCUCAAGGGCGAAUUCACUGACUGUCUUGCAGAGUUGCGCAAGCAGCAGGUGGCCUGGCUCAAGCUCGUCGACUUGACUGGCAUCAAGUCAUUUGUCGAUGUCGUCAUUGCCAAGGACGAGCGAGAGGGUGCUCGCAAUCUCAUCUUGUCGUGCGGUCUGGGUGGCAUGCGACCCAACAUCGUGGUGAUGGGCUAUCCAAGCGAUAUGCGCCACCCUGCGAAAGUCGCCAGGUCCACUCACGGCGCUGGACAUCGCAGUGAUGGAAGCGAGAUCACCAUUCGAGGCCUUUCUUGGCCGCAGCGUCUUCAUCGUGCUGUCGACAUCGGCAGCCUGCCCACAGAUGUGGCUCGCAAGGAAUCUCCGAUUAAGCCGACCACGUAUGUCGGCAUCAUGGAAGACUCGUUGGCACUCAACAAGGCUCUGGCAAUUGCGUACGGCUUCGAUCUGAUGCAGCCACCGACCCCAGUGACGCCAGCCUCGACCAAGAGCGGCAAAGAGGCUGAACAGCGCUACAUUGAUCUGUGGCCUGUCCAGAUUGCCAGUCCGGAUGCAGACGAGAGUCAUGCUUGGGACACGUACACGAUGGUGCUGCAUCUUGGAACGAUCCUCAGCUUCACCAGUAGCUGGAAGUCGCACAAGUUGCGGGUCUCCGUGUUUGUUGAACAUGCCAGCGAGGUCGGGGAGGAGAGGAAGCGUAUCCGUGCUUUGCUGGACAACCUCCGCAUCCCAGCCUCGCUGCGAGUCUUCUGCCUGGCUGAUCAGAGCGUCACAACAUACCGUACCAUUGUGCACGGCAGCAGCGUCGCAGCCGUCGAAGUCGACGAAGCUCUGCGUGGCGACCCAUGGUGGGAGACGCUCAAGGAGCUUCGACGCAACGACGAACGCCGAGCACGCGCCGCCGCCAAGCGCAAAUCGCAAGCUACAUCUCCGGCCAAAGCUGUCCCAGUCACAGCCGGCCAACCAGCAGGCGCAACAGAUACGUCCCGCAAGCAGUCCAAACGUGAACAAAAGCUGUUCGGCGUCAGCCUUCCUGCCGAGCAUCUUGCCUUCCACAAGCAAAACAUUCGACUUGGUCUCGCUCAUCCACGCGCUCGCCGUGAUGACGGAGAGGACGGAUCUUCGGACUCGGAUUCGGACUUUGAAGAUGAGCUGGCGAUGCUCUCUGAGGACGAUGACUGGCUCGUUGACGGACCGCAACGACGUGGCCUUGCGAUCCGCAGAGCUUCGACGCUGGAGCCUACGAGCGUCUCAAGCAAGACCAAAUCUUGGCGGCCACGCGCGUUUUCGAUCGGAGGCUCGGCGGGGUUGCCUGACGAUCCGGUCAGCAAGCCAUUACUCGGGUCGAGCGUUUCAACCCUCACGCCGGGUUCGGCCGCAACCAGCUACGGUACACUCAGCUCGAGUCAGAGGACCGCGACACCCGAAACAGUGCGUGCUGCCUCGAACGGAAGCUCAGCUACCCUGCUCGGCACCUCUUACGCUUCGACGGACUCCAGCAUGACUCCUCGCGCCUCGAUGCCGGCUUACGACGACCGCGCUUCUCCUUUCCUCGGCGGUCUCGCCUCGCCUUCGCCUUCACAAGGCACAUUCAAAGAUGAUGAGGGCAUGUCGACACUCAAAGCGUCAGAGAGGCAAAAGCUGCAAGCUGAGCUGCAACGCGAUCAGCAAGAUAGCAGCAAGACGCCGACCAAGGCGCAGCAUCUCGUGCCGCCUCCGGACACAGUCACGCCCAGACCGAGGGUCAAGAACGACAAACGACAGUCUUCGUACGUCAGCUCGACCGCCUCUUCGGACGCAGGCGAUGGGUCGAGCAGCUCGUCUUCUGGCGCUGAGUACGAAGGCAAGGGCCGGGUCGCAGCGGGCAAAAACGGUAAGGAACGCAAAGCCUCGCUGUCUCGUCAUAGUCGGGCUCGAUCGGAUGAAACGAGCUCGAAGCGUCGAUCAUCCACCUCGACCUCCCCUUCUCCCGUCCAGCUUCGCCACCUCCGCCCGCGGCUCGUCGAGCGUGUACCCAGCCGCGUCGCCAGCAUCUACUCGACCGACCUACCGACGGUCUCGUUCAACGAGCUGCCCAACAAGGCGCAGUAUCUCAUUUUGAAUGAGCUGAUCAGGAUCAACAGUUCGUCUGCCACGGGCGUGGUGCUGACCGCUUUGCCGGCGCCGGAGCCGGGAACGAGCCUAGACGAGCUCAAGUCGCUGAGGUACCUGGAGCAGCUGGAGAGUCUCUUCAACGGAGGGCCGCCGAUCCUCGGUGUUCACGCGAAGACACUCACGAUGACCAUGAGCUUGUGA